AUUCUACUUAAAAUCAGGCUCAAAUGAACUCGCAAUGAGAAACUUUUGGUAUUCUCUCUGAUUUAUAUCUAGAUUGCUGAAAUGUUGUGCACAGUUUAAUAUCUGCUUUUUCAAAAAGAAACCAUUGAUGGUUCCUGGAUUUUUGUUACUGAAACGUACGCCCGUCAUGAGGUGCUUGGUACCUAUUAUUCAUUUAACAGUUGUUCUUCUUAUUCAAGGCUCAGGCGCUCAGCUACAAGUACAACUAGUGAAUGGAACAUCAUAUUGGAAUGGCCGUUUAGAAAUAUUACACAAUGGAACAUGGACCACAGUGUGCAGCAAUUAUUUUGGAAAAGAAGAGGCACAGGUAGCCUGCAAAAUGCUUGGUUUGGACAGUUCGCGGGCCAUGGCUGUGGGGUCAGGUCAGUAUGGUGAAGGUUCAGGUCUCAUCCUCUUUGGCAACGUCACGUGCACAGGGAAGGAGUCGAGUUUUGAUGAGUGUCAACAUGAUGGAUUUUACAGGCGCGACUGCAGACACAAUGAUGAUGUCGGUAUCAUCUGUAAUAUCAAACCAUUACGACUUCGCUUGACGAGUGUUUUUGGAGACAGAUCAGACAUAAACCGUGUUGAGAUGGAACUCGGAACACAGUGGAACUCACUUUGCAUGACUCGCAAUGCUGCUAAAGUUGUCUGUAGACAGCUCGGCUUAUCACAGCAUGCUGCAUUGUAUAGGAAUGUAUCAAUGCAGAAGGACAUUUUAUCUGAAAAAAACAAGCACUCUGAACUCGAUAUAAAGUUUCUCUGCCUUGGGAAUGAGACAAGCCUUUUGGAGUGCGACCGUUAUGGACCGAACAAAGAUGUUGUUUGCGGAUUAUAUAACAGCGUCAACUGUAAUGAGUCAAUACCUCCUCUUCGUAUCCUGUAUAACGAGGCUUCAUUCCCGCUGCUUGAUGGAGCAAAUUUAACUCUAGAAUGUGAGAUCACACAGUCUGGGGAAUUAGAAUUUACAUACCUGUGGUUUGAGUAUUCAAGGAUACGUCUUCAGAGUCAGUAUGGAAAGUACCUAAUAUUUAAUAAUGUGACUAAAGACCAUCAUGAACUUCGAGUGUACUGUGGAGCCAACUAUUGGUACAAUGGUCUCCAUUACCUUGUCGCAAGUGACGUCAUGAUAAUUACGGUUUGCUGUACCCCGUCGACAAUCAUGCAUAACACAGAACCGACCUCUGUGUAUAUCCGUGACGACAAAGGUUAUCUAACGAUUGAAAUGACAGCCUAUCCCAUCCCUCAAGUGACAGCCACUAUGUACCUUGGUCCAGUUCUGACUGAUGGUGUCAAAGGUGAAGAUACAAGCAACACGACACGUGUAAUAUGUGCUGAUGUCGGUCUGGCACGUGCAUCAGUGUCGUGUAACAUCACUGUCUUUAACAUAUCACAAGCUGCUGAUGGCUUCUACAAAAUUGUUUUCGACAACAAACUUGGGCAGCUGCCUUAUAUAUUCACAAUCAGGCGUCAAGAGCGCAGAGGAGAAAUACCAUCGGCAUUUUUGUUGACUUUUGUCGGCGCAUUUGUUGUUGGCAUUGUUAUCUUCGCUUCUGUAACAGUCUACUGCGUCAGACGUUGGACAGGUAAGUUAAUUAGGCUUGUGGUUUGAUUACAAUGUCUGUGUUGUCAUUUAGGAACAAAUUUCACAAGUUACUGGAUAUUUCAAACUCAGCUUUUAUGCUUUUUAAUCAACAAUGGAUCACAAGCGAAACAGGAAAACGAAAAAGUCCGGUUUAAUUUAAAUAUUUCUUGUUGCCAUUGUCGAGCAAUACUCCGUUGACUUAAAUUGGAACGGCAGCAAAAACUUCUAUGUACAGAAGAAAAUACACUUGUUGCUUAAAGGACUUCGACCUCUAUACAGACUGUGGGCAUCUUAUGAACCAGUUUGGGUAAGUCAUUAGCACUUUUGUCUCGUUCAAACUGUUUCGAUUUGACAGCUCUAACUUUUUUGCUGGAAAUUCCAAUUAACAACUGUUUACUCCUCAUGUAUUUAUCGUAAAAAUAUUUUUGCAGCCUCGAUAAUUGUAAUUUACAUAUAUAUAUACACAUAACACACAUGCUAAUGAAUACUGUCAUGAAUCAGCAUGGUUUAAGGAAAGAAAAACAGGGUCAAAGCUAGUAAGAAAAAUAAUGAAGGGGCGAUACCAGGUUUUGAGUUAGACAAAGGGGUAAGAAUGGUUACCUCCCCUAGCAUUAAAUGAACCUGGGAAUCGUGGCAACUUACCUAAAAGGGGGCCGCAGUCAUCAGAUCAGGGGUACGUCCGUUAAUUGAAAGUACACUUAGCCCUGAUAAUAGCGUUUGUUUUCUUUGCCAUCGACUGGACACUGGUGGUAACUGAGGGAGUAUUGACUACUGUUCCUGUGCAUCUCUGGGGUCUUGGUCGUCUGGAGCCGGUGCCGGACCACUGUCGCCUGAGAUCGCCACCGCAUCUGUCGUCCGUUGCCUGGGGCAACCAGAGAGGUAGCGGUGCCAGUGAGCUAGGGACAGUGCGUUUGAAGACUCA